AAAUGAACGGUGAAGCUGCCAUGGAGGCCACCAGGAGACGAACCCAGCCAAGUACCAACGGGAAAACAUCUGAGCAUGAGGAGCAGCCUGCACAGUGGGGGAGAGCAUGAAGAGCUCCAAGGCUCUGCUGUAUGGAGAGUCGGCCACAGGUGGCCCAUUGAUGGGGAGUAGCAUGUAUGCUGCUAGAUGGUCCCCCUGCAGCCUGUUCCUAAGGUCUGACUUCAUCUACACACAAAAACAAUUAAAAGUGAGGGGGGUUGCAAAAUUGAGAGAAACCAAACCAUGCCUGACUUACAGUUUACCAUUGACCAAAUGUCUUACUCUGUUCAUCGUUGAGAAAUCUCUCUCACAGUUCACUGAGGAUACAGGUACUGUGAGGCCAAUGGCUGCUAGCUUGCUUAAGCAUGGGUACAGCUGUCCCCAUUCAUCAUUUUGGGAUGCCAGUUUCAUCAUUAUGUUGAGCUGUUCCAUAUUCUGUAUCAUAUUAUAGAAAACACUGAUCAGGAUCCCUCAAACAUUGUCCUGUAUGAUUCUGCUGUUGAUUCAAUUUUUGUUUUACCUUGAAGACUCCAGUCAGCAUGUGCUGCUUAUAAGAGGCCCAUUCUUGGAGCAGUUCAGGAUUUUCAGAUCUUUGUAGGAAUUUUGCUGACAGGGUCCAAAGAUGUCCUGUGUUGACCUUAUCAUCUUCCUUGGCUGCCUGGGGUCCCAGCACAUGAAAGGCUCCCAGGAUGCCCAGCUGUUGAAACCUUCUGUCUAAGCUAUUUUGCAGGCCAUCCAGAUAAGGUUCCAUAACCUUUACAUGAAAUGAAAAAGAAUAAGGUCAGUCACACAAUGCUUGGCUUUAUAGUUUAAUAAAUGAUUGUUUAAGCCACAAUAGGUUGUGUUGCUUAAAAAUUAAGAAAAGAGUAGGGAUAGACUGUUAUAACAUACCUGCUCUUUGAUGGCCAGGAAGUUUACAUUUUCCUUUUGGAAGACCCUUGACAGUCGAGCCAGAUAUGGCAGCACGUCUGCCUGCAGGUGGACUGCUGCUACAAACCAUAAAGUCCCUUGGCUACAGGGCAUUUGUUCACCUCAGUCUCUUCAGCCAAAGCAGCCAGGACGGCCGGGAGGUGGACUGGUUUUCUCUGAUCAGUGUGGUCGGCCUGCUCUGCUUCGCUCCUUUCAUCGUCUUCUACUUCGUGAUGGCUUGUGAUCAGUACCAGUGCUCCAUCAGCCAGCCUCUGUUUGACCUGUUUCAAGGUGAGACCACGCUUCUCUCCAUCUGGGACCGGGCGCCCUCCUUCACCUGGACAGCUGCAAACAUAUAUGCCAUCUGGGUGGCUUUCCAGGUGUUCCUGUAUAUGUGCGUUCCUGAUGUUACUCAUAAAUUCAUUCCUGGUUAUGUGGGUGGAGUCCAAGAUGGAGCGAGAACUCCUGCAGGUCUGAUCAAUAAAUAUGAGAUCAAUGGGUUGCAGUGUUGGCUGAUCACUCACGCUCUUUGGUUUGCCAAUGCCCAGUAUUUCCACUGGUUUUCUCCCACCAUCAUAUUUGACAACUGGAUCCCCCUGAUGUGGUGUACUAACAUCCUGGGCUACGCUGUGGCCAGCUUUGCUUUUAUAAAGGCGUACUACUUCCCAACAAACGCUGAAGACUGUAAGUUCACAGGGAACUUUUUCUACAACUACAUGAUGGGCAUUGAGUUCAACCCUCGGAUUGGCGAGUGGUUUGACUUCAAGCUUUUCUUUAAUGGGCGGCCUGGCAUCGUAGCCUGGACUCUGAUCAAUCUUUCCUACAUGGCCAAGCAGCAGGAGCUGUACGGACACGUCACAAACUCAAUGAUCCUGGUCAACGUGCUGCAGGCUAUUUAUGUGUUGGAUUUCUUCUGGAAUGAGGCGUGGUACCUCAAGACCAUUGACAUCUGCCAUGACCACUUCGGAUGGUAUCUGGGCUGGGGUGACUGUGUGUGGCUGCCAUACCUCUACACACUACAGGGUCUGUACCUGGUAUACCACCCAGUCCAGCUCUCAAACAUCCACGCCCUGGCCGUCCUGUUACUCGGCCUCGUCGGUUACUACAUCUUCCGUUCAACCAACCACCAGAAGGAUUUGUUCAGACGCACUGAGGGCGCCUGCUCCAUCUGGGGCCGGAAACCAACGUACAUCGAGUGUUCGUACCACUCCGCUGAUGGAGGCCUGCACCACAGCAAGCUCAUGACCUCGGGUUUCUGGGGUGUGGCCCGGCACUUCAACUACACCGGUGACCUGAUGGGUUCUCUGGCCUACUGUGCCACCUGUGGCUUCGGACACAUUCUCCCGUACUUCUACAUCGUCUACAUGACCAUACUGCUGGUCCACCGGUGCGUACGUGAUGAGCACCGCUGCAGCAGCAAGUACGGAAAGGACUGGAAACGCUACACGGAUACUGUGCCCUACAGGCUGAUUCCUGGAGUGUUUUAGGAGGGACGGGGAGAAGUGGGAGAGAAAAGAUGGGAACAGGGAGAAAGGUUAGGCUAUAACAGGCUGAGAAAGCAAGAAUUUUGAAGUGACCACCAAGAUAAAUGUUUGAACUGUGUGAUUUUACAUACAGUGUGAAGAAUAUACCUCAGUGAUAAUAGCUGUAGCCCUUCAUUUCAUUCUUUUUAAGUGCUGUUCUUGUGUUCACGUAUGUACAGUCAGCUUAUUCCUCAUUCCUCUGCCUCUGUAAAGGCAGCUUGACACAACAGCUUCCUAUUUUCAUACUCAGACCAUUUAAAAUGGAUAAAGGCAUUUUUUAAAAACUUUAUGAAGCAUCAAUAAAACUAACAAAGCAGGUUAUAGUACAGGUUCAACCAGCUUAGUCCAAAUUCAGGGACAUAAUCCCUCAGUUCUCUAGUUAAGAUAUUCUUAAAGGUUUUUCACACUUUGUUUUUCACAGCCUGUCUGGAUCAGUUCCUCAAAUAUAAAACUUGGACAUUUUUAUGUUUUCUGCUCUCAAAAUAAGAAACUUAACAAAGAUAUUUGGCACUUGAGACAGCCUUUAAGUACACGAAUUAAUCUAAGUCUUCAUACUGACUUAGAUUAAUUGUUUACAAUAACAGUAAUGGACCAAAUGUUUUUGCUGCUUCCGCUGGUCUGAUCUGCCUCAUAAAAAUGUUUUUAAUGUUUUUAUAUCUACACACAGAAAGUCUUUCCACAUGUGGGUAAAAAGAGCAUCCUAAUUUCACAUGUAUUGUUGGAUGGUCUUCCCUCCUAAUACCAGCACUGCCUUUCUUAUAGAGACAAAGUAACAAAAUAAAGUUUGAAUUUUGUUAUCUA